AUGCGAGGGCCAAUACGACAAAGUAGUGAGUUCUUCAUUAUGUCAAGUUAUUUGAUAAGAAACGCUCAACAGUCGCAACCACAGCCUUCGCCCACGUCUUCUCAGCUGCGCUUCGCCGAUCAGCCAUCAACGAACAAUAUGAACGCCUCACCGUUCGGAGCAAUCUCAUCAGGCGGAGCACCAACUACAUGGAAUACGGAUUUAUAUCGAGACUAUGCCGCAUCUUCGCAUCCAUUUGGUAGUGGUUCAUCUGGUUUUCCGUCCGCUUCAACGUCUGAAGCGUUCGAAUACUCCACAGCAGGCAGCAAACCACAAGACCCAGUUGCAAGUGCAUUUAUCGGACUCUCUGAUGUAACGACCAAAAUGCUCAUAACGCAUCCGUGCACUGUACUGCGUCGUCAGUGUCAAGUACACCAAUUUGCGCGUUGUCUUCAUCUUACGCCGUUCACAUUUGCUCCAGUCAUAUGCAAUGUUGUCACGGGUGAAGGCAUGCUAACUCUGUGGAAAGGUGCCAUAGGAUGUGGCGUGCUAUGGGCAAUGUCUGCGGCCACUGAAAUUCUUAUUGCUGACGUUUUUGGAUUGCCAAGUGGUACGUAUUUCGCGAUGACACCCUUUUUUGUUUCAUCUUUCAUCGAAACAGUCAGAAGCGAAGAUGGUCUUGGCGGCGAUGAUAUUCGUGUAAUGGAUGUUAUAACGAAUGCAAUCAAUAGGCUGCGAUUUGAUCUGUUUGGUCCACGAGAUAACAGUAAACGCUUCGCGUUGAUGCAUUUGGCUGUACCCACAGUUAUUUAUCACACGUGCCAUUAUCUGAUUACAAAUGUCACUUACGACUGGAUCUAUUUGAUGGCUCGUCGCUACGUGAAUCGAAAAGCAUCAAACGAACGCACAGCAUUCCAUCAAUACCUGCCGCACAUGUUUGCCACAAUGACUUCCCAAGUGAUCGCUGAUCUUUUGUGCUAUCCAUUCGAAACGGUUCUUCAUCGCUUAUAUAUCCAAGGUACACGUACGCUAAUCGAUAAUCUGGAUAAUGGUACAUCAGCGAUCUCGAUCACAGCUAAAUAUUCAGGUUUCUUCGAUUGUACACGAAGCAUUGUGAAUCGUGAAGGUUUAUGGGCACUCUACAGUGGAGUUGGUGCAUUGGCCAUACAGUAUAUGUUACAUUUUUCGUUUCUUCGGUUACUGCGUUGGUUAUUCGAUUAUGGAACGCAUGCGUUGAGUGCGUCGACCAGAGUGAAUAUCAAUGAGCCGUCGUCAUUUGUGCAAACAUCAGUGCCAAGUAGUGGUUAUGCCAAUAUUUCAAAACAACCAUCUCCCACGGGUGCUUUACCAUCGUCCAUCUCGAUGCCUUCAACACAAUCACCCAAACCAUCUCCGUACCCGACAUUCGGUCAGACAGCCGCUUCAGCUUUCGGACGUUCCUCUCCGCCAUUGAUUGGAUCACCGCCAUCAGCAAGCGCUCUUGCCGACUAUCCGUUUGGACCCUUAUUGAUGCCAGGUGAUCAAGCUGUGAGCAAUCCGGACGAUAUCUUUUCGAGUAUGCAUGUCAAAAGAGAGAUUUGA